CCGCCUCUUAUUUUAAAAUUCGAACUUUUAUUUUGAAAUAACUGCUGUUUGUUUUCGUUAGGUUCAUAACGUUUGGAACAGCCAGUGCGCUCAGCCUCUGUGUCGUUUUAUGUGGUGCUUUGAUUUUAAAUUGUUUCACUUUUAAAUGUGUGAUAAAGGAGACGAUAAUGGUGAUAAAAGCAGAAAUCGCAGUGUGGUUUAUGUUUACAGUCCGGAGUACAUCCAGACAUGUGAUUCACUCUCUAAAGUACCAAACCGGGCCAGUAUGGUGCAUUCACUGAUUGAGGCUUAUGACUUACUGAAAUACAUGAAAGUGGUAAAGCCUCGUGAGGCUUCAAUAGAAGAGAUGGCGGUGUUUCACACAGACGCAUACCUACAGCACCUUCACAAGAUCAGCCAGGAUGGAGACAAUGAUGAUCCUCAGUCUGUCGACUUUGGCUUGGGUUAUGACUGUCCGGUAGUGGAGGGUAUUUUCGAUUACGCUGCUGCCGUUGGAGGAGCCACUCUGACUGCUGCCCAGAAUCUGAAGGAUGGAAAGUGUGAUGUGGCCAUCAACUGGGCCGGAGGGUGGCAUCACGCCAAGAAGGACGAGGCAUCUGGGUUUUGUUAUGUGAAUGACGCUGUUCUUGGAAUCCUCAAACUGCGGGAGAAGUAUGAGAGAGUUCUCUAUGUGGAUGUGGAUCUUCACCAUGGAGAUGGUGUGGAGGACGCUUUCAGCUUCACCUCCAAAGUCAUGACAGUGUCUUUGCACAAGUUCUCCCCUGGCUUCUUCCCAGGUACAGGUGAUGUGACUGACACUGGGCUAGGUAAAGGACGCUGGUACGCUGUCAACGUUCCUUUCGAGGAUGGGAUUCGCGAUGAUCGCUACUGCCAGACCUUCACCAGCGUGUUGCAGGAAGUGAAAGCGUACUUUAACCCCGAAGCGGUUGUGAUGCAACUGGGAGCGGACACCAUGGCGGGCGACCCCAUGUGCUCGUUCAAUAUGACUCCCGUUGGAGUCGGAAAGUGUCUGAAUUAUAUACUUGACUGGGAGUUACCUACCCUUUUGCUUGGAGGAGGUGGCUAUAACCUUGCCAAUACUGCCCGCUGCUGGACCUACCUAACAGGGACCAUCCUAGGACAGACUCUAUCUUCUGAGAUCCCAGACCACGAGUACUUCACAGAAUAUGGCCCGGAUUAUUCUCUGGAGAUUAGUCCGAGCUGCCGACCUGACCGUAAUGAAAACCAGCAUCUGGAGAGGGUCAUCAACACCAUUAAAGGGAAUCUGAAGAAUGUAGUUUAGGAGUGGGCUCCCAGCUCAUGUUUCCAAAUCAGGCCCUGCUCCUCUAAUGAAGACAGUAUGUCGGAUUCAUCGCCAGAAGGGAGCUUGGAAAACAUUACUUGAAUGUUUCCAGGGAACAUUUUUUAAAUGCAGAAACAGGCCAGUGUUGUCCCAACUGGAGUAUGUGUUUAAAAGGUUAUAUAUUUUUUAUUUUUUCAAAUCCUAAGCCAUUUACAGAUGAAACGCAAACUUGGAUGUUAUAUGGUUUUAUUGAGGUAUAUCAAAUAUGACGUACAUGUUUGUUUGUUGCUCUUUCUACUUUAGAUAAUUUCAAAGUAAAGAAUAGCGAAAGGCAAGUCUUUUUCAAGAUUUUAGUGUCCUAUCACAGAUAUAUUUCACUGUACGUAAACCACGGUUCAAAUGGGAAGACUGUGUCACUGAAGUCUUUGUUUGUGACCGCAAAGCCCUCAGUCAACUCAUUCACACUCUCACAUUCUGACACCUCCAAGGCGUAGACUAUAAUACUGCGAGUUAUUGAAUUACUAAUGUUGUUUUUAUGGCAAGUCUGUGAGAUUGUUAAUUUAUACUGUCAACCAUCUUUUACAACAUUUAAAUGCAAUAACAACAGUAAUGUUGCUGUGGUGCUAGUCACCAUUGCGUUGUUUAUGAAUUGAGUAGCCCAUGUUAAAUUUAACAGACAAACUGACCAAUUUUCAAGUCACGUUGGUUUCAUGAACUGUUUUAUGUUUCCUGUAUGGCAUGCAUUUUACUGCAAUGUUUACGAACUUGUGAUUUAUGAGUGCAAAUACUGUGUUUUUAUGCUCUGUCACCUUUUCAUUUUUAUAUAAAUGCUCUUCUGUUAUAUAUUAAAAUACAAAUAAGCAA